CAACAUGCCCUGUGUUGUGCAAAGCGUGACUCGACUGGCGUAAAUGUCUUCCAGAAGUUUUUCUACUUUUCCCAUCCUCGCGGGUCUGGACAAAUGCCACCAGCGACUGCGGUGUUCUGAGCGAUCGUCAGCGACCCUCGUUAAAAUUACUGGGGACAAGCCAGCAGGAAAGAAAAGAAAGUAAAUGUUGCACGGCGCGUCGAAGGAAUGAUGAUAAAUGAUUGGAAUGCAUGACUGAUGAUUGAAACAAGGAGCAGAUUGUUCAGCGACGGAUGAAAGGGUCAUAUCCGGCGAGGCAUUGGUUUUCCGCUCAUUCCUUAGGCAACUAUUCUUGUGAAUACACAAGCUUUGCAAGCGCCGUUGCCGGAGGAGGGCUUCACUGGACGUGCGGACCGCGGGUUGUGGCGUCAUGGCUUCAACCUACGGUCUUCCUCCUGCUCAAGGACUCUAUAAUCCAGAGCUUGAACGAGAGUCAUGCGGUGUGGGAUUCAUCGUCAGCAUUGAUGGCAUUCCUUCUCAUAAGCUGCUUCACGAUGCUGAGACCAUGUCCCGGCGAAUGGAGCACCGUGGGGCGUGUGCUUGCGACAAUAACACUGGUGACGGAGCUGGAGUUCUCGUAGCCAUUCCACACGAGUUUUACAAGGAGAAGCUCAGGGAUCAUGAUGUUGCGCUUCCGCCAAAAGGAGAAUAUGCAACGGGGAUAUUCUUCAUGGAUGAACGGCAUUCUUCGGCCAUGGAAAAGGCCUUCGAAGCUGAAGCUGUCAGACAUGGUCUCAAGGUUCUACACUGGAGGACAUUGCCUACCGAUGAUUCCACACUGGGAUCUGUGGCGAGGGACACGGAACCAUAUAUGAGACAAGCAUUUGUCGUCGCUGGUAAGGGGCAAAAGGGAGAUGCCUUGAAGCGAGACGUGUUCAUCCUCCGCAAGGCAUCUUCUCAUAAGAUUCCAAAGAUGAACAUCGGAGGCGAGGAAGUUCGCUUUUAUCUCUGCAGCCUUUCGGUUGACACUAUAGUGUACAAGGGACAGUUGACAACGACGCAACUGUGGCGAUACUUUCCGGACCUUCAAGACACCACUUUUGAGACGUACAUGGCUCUUGUCCAUGCCCGGUUUUCAACCAACACUUUCCCUAGUUGGGAAAGAGCACAUCCCUUGAGGAUGCUCGCCCAUAACGGAGAAAUAAAUACCUUAAGAGGUAACGUUAACCUUAUGCGUGCCCGUGAAGGCGUCAUGCAUACUUCACUUCUGGGUGACAAGCUCCACGAGCUUUACCCGGUUGUGGAGCCGAACCUUUCGGAUUCUGGAAGCGUAGACACUGUGCUGGAAUUUCUGGUGAUGGCUGGACAGCGUUCCCUACCGGAGGCCGUCAUGACGAUGGUUCCAGAAGCCUGGCAGAACAACAGCUUGAUGACCAAGGAGAAGAGGCAGUUCUAUCAAUGGAGUGGAUGCAUAAUGGAACCGUGGGACGGCCCAGCGCUGCUGACAUUUACGGACGGUCGCUAUAUUGGAGCCAUUCUCGAUCGCAAUGGUCUUCGACCGUCCCGAUAUUACAUUACAAAAGACAAGUACAUGGUGAUGGCCAGCGAAGUGGGUGUUCUGGACAUUCCAUCCGAACUGGUCGUUCAGAAGGGCCGUCUCCGCCCUGGAAGAAUGCUCCUGGUGGACACACUAGAGAAGAACGUGACCAAAGACGAAGAACUGAAGCUUCAGAUUGCACGUCAACGUCCACUGGAGGCUUGGCUGAAGGAACUCUUCACUUUAGAAGACUUACACAAGGCUGACACCGCGCAAGAUGGCCCGGUAUCCAUGAGAUCUUAUGCCAAACAACAAUCUGUACUGCAAGAUCGUCGUAUGGCGCUCUUCGGCUACACAACGGAGACUAUCAACAUGCUCCUUCUACCAAUGCUCCAGACUGAGAAGGAGGCGCUAGGGUCCAUGGGCAACGAUGCGUCAUUCGCCUGCCUAUCCAAGUACCAACCCCUCAUCUACGACUACUUUAAGCAGCUUUUCGCCCAGGUCACAAACCCCCCAAUCGACCCUUUCCGUGAACGCAUCGUCAUGUCUCUGGCGUGCCCGAUUGGACCUGAGGCCAACAUUCUUGAACCCAGCCCUGAACAAUGUCGUCGUUUGUGGUUACAACAACCGAUCAUCUCGUUAAGCGACAUGGCAGUCUUGAAGCGCGUGCACUACAAAGGCUGGAAGUCGAAAGUGAUCGACAUCGUAUUCCCCGUAAGAGAAGGCAACGCUGGACUUCUGCCUGCGAUUGAUCGAAUUUGCAGAGAGGCCUGCGAGGCAGCAAAGAAAGGCUAUACACUGGUGAUCUUGUCGGAUAGAAAUGGUGGGAGAGACUACAUCCCAGUAAGUGCUGCUCUUGCCCUUGGAGCAGUCCAUCAUCACUUGAUCAACGAGAGACAGCGGAUGAAGUGCGGUCUCAUUCUUGAAACUGGAGAAGCCAGGGAAGUCCACCACAUGUGUGUUCUGCUAGGCUAUGGGGCGGAUGCCAUUUGUCCAUACCUUGUAUUUGAAAUGGUUGGCGAACUUCGCAACGAAGGUCUGCUAGAACUGUCGGACGAAGAUGCAUUUAAGAACUACGUGGCUGCCAUGGAACGCGGUAUUUCGAAGGUCAUGGCAAAGAUGGGUAUUUCAACUCUACACAGCUAUAAAGGAGCUCAGAUCUUCGAGGCUGUCGGUCUGGCCCCUGAAGUCGUCGACAAGUGCUUCAAGAACACAGCGUCUCGCAUCGGUGGCUCCACCUUUGAAGUGUUGGCCGAAGAGACGGUGCAGAGGCACAAUUUUGCGUACAACCAGAACGACUUCGACAAUCAAAUCCUGCGCAAUCCCGGUUACUAUCACUGGCGCAGUGGUGGUGAAAAGCAUGUCAACGAUCCAAUGAGCGUGGCAAAUCUCCAGGAAGCAGCAACGUCAGACAGCAAGGCUGCUUAUGAUAAAUUCGUGGAGAGCAGCAUGCAGUCAAAUCGUGAGUGUACACUCAGGGGUCAACUGGAGCUCGUCUACGCCAAGAACCCCUUGGAUAUCUCUCAGGUCGAACCAGCUAAAGAAAUAGUGAAGCGCUUCGUGACAGGAGCUAUGAGCUUUGGCAGCAUCUCCAUCGAAGCCCAUACAACGCUGGCCAUUGCCAUGAACAGAGUAGGGGGAAAGUCAAACACCGGAGAAGGUGGCGAGAAUGCAGACAGGUAUACGGGGCAGUCUCCCGACAACAACAAGCGCUCUGCGAUCAAGCAGGUUGCGUCUGGAAGAUUUGGAGUAACAGCCGCCUACCUAGCCAACAGUGACGAACUUCAAAUUAAAAUGGCGCAGGGCGCCAAGCCUGGGGAAGGCGGGGAACUGCCCGGUCACAAGGUGAGUCAAGAUAUCGCCAAGACCCGUCAUUCAGUUCCAGGAGUAGGGCUCAUCAGCCCACCGCCGCAUCACGACAUCUAUUCUAUUGAAGACCUGGCCGAGCUGAUCUACGACUUGAAGUGCUCCAACCCUUACGCACGGAUCUCCGUUAAAUUGGUUUCAGAAGUAGGAGUCGGCGUUGUCGCCUCGGGAGUUGCUAAGGGCAAAGCCGAGCAUAUUACCAUCUCUGGUCACGAUGGAGGCACAGGCGCCAGCAGCUGGACUGGCAUUAAGGGCGCAGGACUUCCUUGGGAACUUGGCAUUGCUGAAACACACCAGACUCUUGUGCUAAACGAUCUGCGUUCUCGCAUCGUGCUUCAAGCGGAUGGCCAGAUACGUACUGGAUUUGACGUUAUAGUAGCUGCGAUACUUGGAGCAGAUGAAUUCGGCUUUUCGACGGCACCUCUCAUCGUAAUGGGAUGCACAAUGAUGAGAAAAUGCCAUCUCAACACUUGUCCUGUCGGCAUUGCUACUCAGGACCCGGAGCUACGUAAGAAGUUCGCAGGUAAACCCGAGCACGUGGUCAACUAUCUCUUUCUUCUGGCUGAAGAGGUACGUUCCCACCUGGCAAAACUGGGCCUUUCCAGCUUGCAGGAAGCUGUUGGACGUACGGAUCUCUUGAGGCCCUACAAGAACAAGGACAUUCCUAAGGCUUCUCUCCUCAAGUUCGAUGCUAUCCUAUUGAAUGCGCUCAGCAUGCGCCCAGGAACCAACAUACGUGGUGGAAGCGUCGCCCAGGACUUCGAGCUUGGAAAACGAAUGGACAACCUGCUGAUCAAGCAGGCGAAGGACGUCAUUGAGGGCCGUGGGAAGCACGUCACUGUUCACAUGGACAUCACAAACGAGGACAGAGCCUUCGCAACGACACUUAGCUAUCACAUUGCAAAGAGGUACGGCGAUGCUGGCCUUCCAGAGGACAGUAGCAUCUCUGUAUUCCUGAAGGGGUCUGCGGGACAAAGCUUCUGCGCUUUCCUCUCUAAAGGUGUCAACGUUACGCUGGAGGGGGACGCCAAUGACUAUGUCGGAAAAGGCCUGUCAGGAGGAGAAGUAGUUAUUUUCCCACCGAAAGAUCUUCCACCAGAGUUCAAGUCCGAAGACAACGUGGUGAUCGGCAACGUAGCAUUGUACGGUGCUACAUGUGGCCGUGCGUUUAUCAGAGGGCUCGCAGCCGAGAGAUUCUGCGUUCGCAACUCAGGUGCUACGGCUGUUAUUGAAGGUGUUGGAGACCACGGUUGCGAAUACAUGACCGGAGGCCAGGCAGUAAUCCUCGGGGUGACUGGUAGGAAUUUCGCUGCUGGCAUGUCUGGAGGAAUCGCCUAUGUGCUUGACAUCGAUGGACAGUUCAAGACCAAGUGCAACACAUCAACGGUAGACCUCUUUCCCCUGGAGCUCGCGGAAGACUUGGAAAAGGUGGAAAGUCUUAUCCGCGAGUUUUACGACCUAACAGGAUCAGCUGUGGCGGCUGCUUUGUUGUCCAAGUGGCCAGAGCCUGCAAAGGACUUCGUUAAGGUAUUCCCUAAGGAGUAUCAAAGGGCCCUACGGCAAUUGGCGGAAGAAAAGGCGAAUGUCGAGAAGAAGGCAGCUGCCCCAGCUGAGAAGGUAGCCGACAUUGAAGAAGUUAUCACUGAUGCUGAGAUGAGGAAAAAGCAGAUGGAGAAAUUGGACAAGACUCGGGGCUUCAUGAAAUACAAACGAGAAACUGAGUAUUAUCGCCCAGCCAUCCAACGCAUGCAGGACUGGAAGGAGAUCUACAACCACAAGGGCGUCAGGAAAAAUCUCAGGAUGCAAGCUGCAAGGUGUAUGGAUUGCGGAGUACCAUUCUGUCAGUCAUCACAUGGAUGUCCUCUAGGAAACAUAAUCCCUAGAUGGAAUGACCUUGUAUACAAGGAAGACUGGAGGGAGGCUCUCGCUCAGCUCCUUCAGACAAACAGCUUCCCCGAGUUCACCGGUAGAGUCUGCCCCGCGCCCUGUGAGGGUGCCUGCGUGUUAGGCAUCAAUGAGCCCGCGGUGACCAUCAAGAACAUCGAGUGCGCCAUCAUUGACAGGGCGUUCGAACAAGGCUGGAUCAAACCCUGCCCACCUGAAGUACGCACAGGAAAGAAGGUCGCAGUUGUGGGUAGUGGUCCGGCAGGUCUCGCAGUUGCGGUGCAGCUCAAUAAGGCGGGUCAUCUGGUCACAGUGUAUGAAAGGAACGACAGGAUUGGCGGUCUCCUUCAAUACGGGAUACCUACGAUGAAACUAGGCAAAGAUGUUGUGCAACGUCGAGUGGAACUUAUGAAGGAGGAAGGCAUUAAAUUCAGUCCUUCAACAGACGUUGGCAAAGACGUCUCUGCACGAGAUCUUGUGAACAACAAUGAUGCUGUUGUGCUCACAACCGGUUCCACGUGGCCCAGAGAUCUGCCAAUUCCAGGACGCCAUCUUGAAGGGAUUCACUAUGCUAUGAGCUUCUUGGAGACGUGGCAGAAGAAGCAGUUAGGAAACGACAUUGACUCUCUCCCACUCUCUGCAAAGAACAAGGAUGUCCUCAUUGUCGGCGGAGGUGACACAGGCGUCGACUGCAUUGCCACUUCGCUGCGACAGGGCGCCCGCAGUAUCGUGACCUUCGAAAUUUUGCCCGAACCUCCCCCAUCGCGAGGUGAGAGCAACCCGUGGCCCCAGUGGCCGCGCAUCAUGCGUGUGGAUUACGGCCACGAAGAGGUGAAACUGAAGUAUGGUCACGACCCACGACACUUCUCGAUCCUAAGCAAGGAAUUCCUGGACGACGGGCAAGGCCACGUUGCAGGAAUUCGCACAGUUCAGGUGAAGUGGGACAAAGACAACUCCGGGCGAUGGGUUAUGAACGAAGUACCAGGUACUUCGAAGACCUUCAAGGCUGACCUGGUGUUACUCGCCAUGGGAUUCUUGGGUCCCGAGAAAUACUUAAUUGACGAGUUGAGUCUUGAACAAGACCCGCGCUGCAACAUUCGUACUCCUACUGGGAAAUACAGGACAUCUGUGCCAAGAGUCUAUGCAGCAGGAGAUUGCCGAAAGGGCCAAUCGUUGGUGGUCCAUGCCAUCAAUGAGGGAAGGCAGGCAGCGCGUGAGGUUGACGAAGACCUCAUGGGUGACAGCUACCUGGCUGGCCCUGGAGGGCUUAUGGUCAGCAGAUCCGAACUUAUUGUCGGAAGUUAACUGCCACGUACGGUCUUCAGUGUCUCAUCGACACAUUGCAGUUGGAAGACGUCAGUGACUAUAUAUUUCGUCUGUUUUGCCGUGUGUUUUAAAAAUGGAAAGCACUUUCUUUUUUACAGUGUGGGCUAUUCCCAGUUAUUUUACACUACGGGUUGUUGAUUUUUCGACUGUCUGUUGCAAUGUUUGUGCAGUUGCACCGUUUUCAAAACGGUGCUAAUAAGUGUAAGCUCUUUCGAAGUCACCUAACACUUGGACUUUACAGCGUAUACUUGUAUAGAUGGAAUAUGGUAGUACAACUUUUCAUGUCAUGAAGACGUCCAUAUUACUGAAUGUAUUUAGGUCGAUGCACAGAUGCCGGCUGUAAGGUGUAUCUAUUUCGAGUACGUGCACAAAAGGACUAAUGCACUAUUGUGGGAUAGGAGGAAGUUUAGAAAUUAAAAUUUUAGUAGUUUAGGGCGAACUUCCUUCAUCAGACAUGAUGCAACAGCGCACUAGGCCUUCGGUUCUCGUGCUAGCUAAAAAAUGAUGACAGGAGUGAAGUGAGGAGGUACCCCAAGCUUGCUGUGGGGUAUACCUUUGCGUUUCAACACACGACACCAAUCUGUCCCGCAUUCCACGUUGUGAUUUGUCAACAUCUUCCAGCAUCGCCGGUUUCAGCGCACUCAGGUAUGGGGACGUAUGAUACGGUGCAGAUAAUUAAAGCAGUCUUCUGGUGAAUGAAAUAUAAUGCAUAUGGGCGUUUUAUUACUUCUCAGACGUCAUUUAUGAGCACUUGAGCAAGCCUUGAGAAGCGCGUAGCAGACAUAUCUUGCUUGCUGUCACCACAGCACCACCGCUGUGUUUUGAGAGGCAGUCCGACGUUCCACUGCCUCAAAUAGCCAUCUUUCUUCCGGCGCAGCAUUGCCCACGUUGCUUCUUAGCAAUACCAUGUACGCUUCUUUAGCAGUGAAGGCCUUGUGCAGUGAAGUCUUUCAUCGUGUGGUGCUAGGCAGGGUUGCGGGGGCUCCCUCUACAGAUUUAAUUUCUUAUUGCGUAAUUCUCAAUUGCUGAUAAUCAUAGAUAACCGAUCUGUCCGACUCAACCAUCAGAUUAAGACAAUCAGUUGACUUAUUGUUUUCGAACUUCUGCACAAAAAGUUCUGAUGCGUUGUUUUGAUUUGUCUAACCUUCCAUUCGUUUGCAUUUUGAUUUUGGGGCCGGUGCAAGGGUAGAAAGUUAUGAUGUACACGCUUGCCACAUGGCAGGCUGUACUCUGAACAGAUGCUUGAUUAGAUGCCCAGCCUUACUGCAGAUCUUCCAUGUGCCGUCAUGAUGUGACUGACUAGUCAUGCGUUUGCAGAGCUGUUUAUUCUACAUCAUAUUGUUUCUCUGCGAUAAUUUGUAUUAUGUUGUACACUAUCGUUUAACACUAUUACUCUUGAUGUGUGUAUAUGCACACAUGUGCAAUCUUUUGUAGUGCACGUACAAAAUUUUAGUAAUUCCAUCAUAUGCAAUACGUCAGUAUCUAGUGCGUUAAAAUUUUUGUUGAUUACGCUCGUCAGUCAGAAUUUAUGAAGGCAAUCUACCAGUCUUUCAAACCAGCUGAAUAUUGACAAGUGCGGUACUUAAUAUACAGAAUGAUACAUAAAUAUAAUAAAUGUUACAAAUAUAACUAUGUAUACACGUUUUUAUGCAGCUGUUCAGGCGAGAAUAUUUCACUUGAAAGCCGCUGCUGGUCAACAUAAAUGUACGUAUAUCGGUGCAUGAACUUUACAGGCGAUAUGCAGUGCAAAUACGAUGCAUUCGGCCACAGUGCCGGACCAGCACAUUCACAUCAUUAAAAGGGCCCUAAAGUACAAAAACUUCUCCUCGCGGCAUGAAACAGGCCAUUACCUUGAUACCGAAACAAAAGGAACGAGAUUCAUCGGUUGGUUCGUUCAUGAUUUAUGAGCGAAAGUAGCUGCAAUUUAGGUUUUUCUCCUCUUCGAGACAUUAGGUCCUCUCUUCCUCGAGGAGCGCGACUAUGCGGAGAGGCCUCCGAUUGGUCUCCCCAAAGGGAUUUCCCGCGAUGACUGGACAAAUCAUUUGAGGAGACCAAUGGGAGCCCGCUCCGCAUUGUCGCGCCUCUUGAGAAGGAGAGGAAGCGUGAAAGCAUAAGUUGCAUUUCUUUCUAUCCAUCAUAAAUUACGGCGGCGCGAAGGAGGAACCCGUUCCUUUUAUGUUGGUAUCAAGGUAACGGCAUCUUUGAUUCCACGAGGAGAAAUUUUUGCACUUUGGUGUCCCUUUAACGGCUCCGUGCAUUAGCUGGUGCCCAAGUGCUAUGUAGUGUCAUGUUUCAUGUACUGGUAUUUGUGUUAUGGCAGCACAAUCUCGUUUGCAACGUGCAGGUUCCUAAGAACAGAGAUCAACAGUUCUGCGUGUGCAUCAAGUGUUUGAUCUCUCUUCGUGACGUGAUGCUUGUGGCAAUUUGAUUUCUGUAAAUAGAUGUCAUGCUGUGGUGUAAUAAAUGCAUCUGGUGAGAGAA